AUGAGCAGCAGUACUUCAUCGGAGGUGUCUUCCAAGAAGAGCCCUUCAACAACCUCUGCUCCAACUCUACAUACGACUUCCACUGACAUCAAUCAUCAUUAUUCUUCAUCAUCAUCACCACCAACCAAUCAUAAACAACAUUAUAAUCUAAAUACAAACGACAUGGUGCUGACUACAACAACAAGUCCCGAUGACUCUCUCGUGAUGGUUUCAACUCCCAAAGACGUUUCAACAACAUUGAACCAUGAAGAGGAUGGAUCCUUACAUAUUCCGACUCUCAAGAUCAAAGAAAAUGAAAACAUGACGACCCUACACCACGAUGGAAAAGGGAAGAGCACGAGAAAUACCAACGUAGAGCAAGAGUUGAAGAAAAACCGAACGACAGCAACAACAACUGCCCUGAAGAUGCAUGAGAAAAGCAGUACUAGUAGUAGUAGUAAUACUGCGGUGUAUUUAUUUAAACAAUAUAUUAUUUAUGGAGUGGUGGUAGGCUUGAGUGUUUUGAUAACGUUCGGAUUGUACUUUUUGUAUAUACAUGAUGGUGUUUGGAAUGGAACUGCCGAAGCCUCUACUGGACUCAAGAAAGCAUUACUAACAUCUGAUGAAGAAGAAGAGUAUACUUCUCCAACUAAUUUAUUAUCUUUGGGACGAACAGAAUUAUCUCAACUGUAUAGGCCCGUGCCAGCCUCAAUUGCUAAAUAUAUUAAGCCUUUAGAACCAAAAACCAGGAUUAUUGGACGACGAGAAAUGAUCCAUUUUCCUCAACUUGGAGUGAUGAAUUUAUUGGGAAAGGUUGAUUCCGGAGCCAAGACCAGUUGUUUAGAUGUGGUCAAUGUUCAUCAUGAUAAGGUGAAAAAAACCUUAAACUUUGAUGUGGUUCUAGACCGUAACAAUAGAAGCAUUGUUCAACAAAUUUUGGAUUUCCCUUUCGCAAAUACCACGAAAACAGUCAUGUCUUCGAAUGGUCAUGUCUCAACCAGAUAUGUGAUUAAGACUUUGGUGUCCAUCGGUCCAGAAUUUCAACAACAAGUUGCAGAGUUCACCUUAGUGGAACGUCACAAGCUAGCUUGCCCUGUCUUGAUUGGUAGAAAUGUAAUUAGAAUGGGAGGAUUUUUGGUUGAUUGUAACAAAAAGUUUGUCACUGGAAAGAAGGCAAAACCAAAAGUUCAGGAACCAAUUCACAUACCAAAUGUACACGAAUUUCCAAUCAUAGAACCAGUAGACCCUCCUGAAGACGACCAACCACAGACUCCACCAAAGAAAAAAGGAAAGAAAAUCAAAAAAAAGAAAGGCAAUAAUUGA